AUGGAGACCUUGGAGGAAACUGACCUCUGUUUUCCACAACUCCUCAACAGCUCCUGCAGGAAGCCAAUACGUCCUCACUUUGAGACCAUGCUGAUUUACAUUCUGCUGUCCUUCAUCGCUCUGCUCACUGCAGCUCUUAACCUGCUGGUCAUCAUCUCUAUCUCCCAUUUCAAGCAGCUCCACACCCCCACCAACCUCCUCCUCCUCUCUCUGGCUGUCUCAGAUUUCUUCGUGGGCCUCCUCAUGUUUUUUCAAAUUAUGCUCAUAGAUGGCUGCUGGCUACUUGGUGAUCUCAUGUGUACUCUAUAUUAUGUUUUAGACUUCUUUAUAACUUCUGCUUCAGUAGGAACCAUGGUGUUUAUAUCGGUUGACCGCUAUGUAGCUAUUUGUCAUCCUUUACAUUACUCCACUAAAAUCACUGUGAGAGGAGUUGCACUCGGCACCUGCCUUUGUUGGGUCUGCUCUGCUCUAUAUAACAGCCUUAUAAUGAAAGAUAACCUGAAAGAACCAGGCAAGUAUAACUCUUGUCUUGGACAAUGUGUGAUUAUAAUUGAUCGUGUUGCAGGACUUGUUGAUCUCUUUUUGACCUUCAUAAGUCCUGUCACCAUCAUUGUAGCUCUGUACAUUAGAGUAUUUGUGGUAGCUGUGUCUCAGGCUCGUGCCAUGCGGUCUCAUAUUGCAGCUGUCACUAUUCAAUGUUCGGUGAAAGUAACUACUAAGAAAUCUGAGUUGAAAGCAGCCGGGACUCUUGGUGUCGUUAUUGUCGUGUUUCUGUUAUGCCUCUGCCCAUAUUAUUGUGUCACACUAACAGGACAGGACACCAUGCUCAAUGCCUCAUCAGCUGCCUUUGUGAUAUGUCUGUUCUAUUUUAACUCCUGUUUAAAUCCUCUGAUCUACACCUUUUUCUAUCCGUGGUUUAGAAAAUCUGUUAAACUCAUUGUCACGCUUCAAAUACUGAAGCCUGACUCCUAUAUGCUCAAUAUACUAUAG